AUGUCUGCAAGGGCUUAUCUAGCUUCAUUUCUCAUUGUCACCACCAGCGUUUUCCUCUCCACCACCAGCCAUUUACAUACGCUUGCCACAGCCGGUGCCUUCCCAGAUGAUGAUGAUAUCUUUGCCUUAGACAUUGUGUCAAAAAUCCGCACGGACCGCAAGUCAACCAUCAAGGCAUCGAUGGACUUUGGCCACAUUGUGGAAGCUAUCCCAAACGGGGUACUCCAUCCGACCUCACCCAACGACAUUGCCACCCUAAUCCGGCUCUCACUCUCCCAGCCAAAGCCCUUCACAGUGGCACCACGCGGGCAAGGGCACUCUGCUCGAGGGCAAGCCCUCGCCCCAGGCGGGGUUGUCGUUGACAUGCGCUCGCUCAACGAUCACCACCGUGUUGUUGGUCGCUGCUGCCGCAUGAAUGUGUCUACCCACGAGCUGUGGGUAGACGUCGGCGGCGAGCAGCUGUGGAUCGACGUCCUCCACACUACGCUCGAGCACGGCCUCGCGCCCCGCGUCUGGACCGACUACCUCCACAUCACUGUCGGCGGCACACUUUCCAACGGCGGCAUCGGCGGCCAGGCGUUCCGGCACGGGCCGCAGAUCUCCAACGUGCACGAGCUUGACGUGGUAACAGGCACGGGCGAAAUGAUCAGCUGUUCGCCGGACAAGAACUCGGACCUGUUCUUUGCAGCACUGGGUGGGCUGGGUCAAUUUGGGGUCAUAACCCGGGCCCGGAUCGCGCUUGAACGCGCUCUGAAACGGGUUCUUUGGGUCCGACUCGCCUACUCAGAUGUACAAUCGUUCACCAGUGACCAGGAACUGCUCAUCUCGAAACGGUCUGCUGGCGGAUCCGGUGGCUUCGACUACAUUGAGGGCCAAGUCCAGCUGAACCGGACCCUCACCGAGGGCCGGAGGUCGUCUUCCUUCUUCUCACCCUCAGAGCUCGACCAGCUUGCCAACCUCGCCAUAGGGACCGGGUCUGCAGCAAUCUACUACAUCGAGGGUGCAAUGUACUAUCAUGACGAUACUGCCUCCUCAACCUCUGUAAAACUUGAGACACUACUGGAAGAGCUGAGCUUCGUCCCGGGGCAUGCGUUCGUCAGAGACGUGUCCUACGUGGAUUUUCUCGACCGAGUCGGCCGGGACGAGCAGAAGCUGCGGUCGGCCGGCGUCUGGGACGUGCCGCACCCAUGGCUGAACCUCUUCGUCCCGAGGUCGCGCAUCGUGGACUUCGACGCCGGCGUGUUCAAGAGCAUCCUCAAGGACACCAAGCCCGUGGGUCUCGUUCUCAUGUACCCCAUGAACAAGGACAGGUGGGACGACAGGAUGACGACGGCCACGCCGGACGAGGACAUGUUCUACGCCGUCGGGCUGCUGCGGUCCGCGGUGGCCGCCGGCGACCUGGAGCAGCUGGAGAGGGAGAACGCCGCCGUCCUGGAGUUCUGCCACCGGGAGGGCAUAGGGUGCAAGCAGUACCUGCCGAGCCACGCGUCGCGGGACGGCUGGAGGCGGCAUUUCGGCGAGAAAUGGAGCAGGUUCGCCGCGCUGAAGCGCAAGUACGACCCGCGCGCGAUUCUGUCGCCGGGGCAGGGGAUCUUCUCCGCCGCCGGUGACGGCUUGGCCGACCAAGCCGCCGGUGACGGCUUGAUUCUCUGUAGAGGACGUCGUUGCCUUUCCCGUUUCUAG